CAAUUGCUUGACAAAAUUCACGACGGAGUUAAUUACUUGACCGAGCGAUCUAGUAUUAAUCAAAUUCGCGACCCGUCAUUUUACCCGUACGAUGAGGAGAAACGAAUUCCACCUUGGCUGGCCUACGAUGGCCAAAGACUCAUGUUCAAAGCAUUUUUCCAAGAGUCCGUUCAAGAGCGAAGAGAAUCCGGUCGCCAGAUUCGGGUCGUAACGAUAAGUUUUUUCCUGGAAGAUGGAACCAUGAAAAUUGUAGAACCGUCUGUCAGCAAUAAGCCAGAAAUCUUUGGGCGAGUGUACAAGAUUGUUGAUUGCGAUAAAUUUACCCGUAGAUUUUUAAAUCGCAUGGGUAUCGCAGUGCCUGAUCCAAUAGAAAUUCCAUCAGAUCCUUACAAUGAUAACCGAAGUAUUCCCGUAUUUCCGAAGAAGCCCAACAGAAAGCCCGAUAACCUCGGUAAAUUUUUAAAGUACGAUCGCAAGGUUUUGAAAUUUACUGGCUACUGGGACGACACUGCCAGUGAGUAUGGAGUCAUUCAUGAUCUAGAAUUGAGAUUGUAUCUGGCUGAUGACACGAUUGAAAUCAAGGAAAUAUUGCCCGCAAACUCUGCAAGAGACAUGAGCUCGAUGUUUAUUAAGCGGAUGAAAAUUCCCAAGUUCUACUCUGGCAUCGACCCCAUAGGUGUCAAUGAUCCUUUCACGGUUCUGAAUGUGCUAGGAGAGAGUACAGAGCAAAGUUACUUGAUCGCAGAUUCAUUAAACACCGGUAAGCUGGCCAAAGAGUACUACAAAGACAGCGAUCUGGCUAUUGGUGUUAGGAUCAAUGUGUUUGGUCGUGAAGUCGUCAUUACUGACCUUGAUCCUGCUACGAGAGAGUAUUAUAGGAACAAGUAUGGCAUAGAAGAAUUCAAACCGCUUGAACGGCCGGAUACAAAGCACGAUUACUAUUGCACGAGUGCCGAAAAAUACAACCCACCGCCGUACAAUGGUUUUGGCUCUUAUGAUGAUUCGCUGGGUAACUGCUUUAGGGUCGUUCCCAAACCACCUAAACUUGACUACGUGAGACUAUUCUCAUACGAUAAGUAUGCUUAUAACAUACUGGAAGAUAAAGACAGCCACAUAUUAAGAUUCGGAGCCAGAAUGAUAUCCGAAGUUCCAGAAAAUGCAGACCGGCUGUUUGUAAUCAAUAUUUAUUUACAAGAUAACACAAUAUCGAUUUUUGAAUUAGCACCAAAAAAUACGGGAUUUCAACAGUGUUACUUCCAGAAGCGCAUGAAAGUGAUGCUACCAGAACAAAAGGUUUAUUCAAGUGAUAAACCGAAAUUUUAUGAUCCCUGCUCUUUUUAUGUCGGAGCACGUCUCAACCUUGGAAAAUUUAUCUUUGAAAUAACUUCCGCUGAUGACUACGCUAUCCGUUACAUGGAAAAUAAUUGUGAGAAAUUUCCCAAAGCUAAUUCCAAUUUAAUUAUUGAUAAAAUCCGAGCGGCUCUCAAGCCUGUUUACGGGCGAUUUAUUCAAGAAUUUCGACCAAUUACUCAAGUAUCUGGUACUCUCGUGCUUUCCUACGAUAAAUUGAGAGAGGCUUUGUAUAAGUAUCUGGGUAAUGAUAUAGUAGAACAUGAAAUAAUAACAACAGCAAGGCACUACGCGAUGAAAGAAAAACCUGAACGUGAUUUACGAGAAGACAUCAGGCGUUUGAUUCAUAAUGAGCUCAAGAGAUUCUUGUGGGAUGACUUGGAUCGUCUUGAGGAGGAUAUUAAGCACUGGGAUCCUGCAGGUAGUGGUUUUUUACCUCCCAGCCAAGUUUAUACUAUCUUACUUGCUCCAAUUGUCCCGAUGUCUUUGAAAACUUCGCUCGGAUGGGUUUCUGAAGAUAAAGAUUACUGUCCUAGAUUGGAUUGGUGCAAGUUCUUAGCCGACCUUGGUAUAAGUGAAGAUAAUCCCGUUUCUGCGAUACCAGAAACUCAA